GCAGAAGUUCUAGAAGAUGCCACUUUGUUGUGGUGCGUACAGAGAUGCGCCCGGAUCUAGCGCGGAUUAAGUAAUUACUGAAGAACAAAUGGAUGUAGGACGACUACCAAUUCGAACGCGUCUUCUUAAUUUCAUGUUGUGCCAAUCACUGGAACGGUGAAGCAAACUUGUGCAAAACAGAAACAGGUAUCGUUCGCUUUGAAUCCUGCACGAUCGCUUCCCAUUUUUGGCUGCCGAGUAGAUCGAACCGCGCAUCGAGAGUAGCGCAUCCGUCGGGGCGUAUUCAGCUGACAGCUUGACGGUCGAUCGCCACAAACAGUAUGCUUUAGAACAGCCUGACCACGAAUGUUGGGAAGCAGAAAUACGAUAAACCAAACCAAAAACAACAACAAAAAAAAGGAAACCAACAAAAACGAUAUCAACAACACCUUACUGAACUCGUGCGCAACGAACGAUACACGGUCUGCAGCAAAGUGCACCGCGGGCUUGAUGCUGCUGCUGCUGCUGCUGGACUGCAGCUAGUUUUGCCCCCUCCACCAUCACCAGCAUCGCUUAUUCUUUUCAUCUUGUGCACGAUCGCGCUCCGCCGCCCUUGCACCAGGCACCAUUCGCUUGAUUCGGCUCGGCUGCUGCCCGUUCGCGAACGCUCGCGGCCGUAACGGCAGCGGUGGGGAGGCAUCCACUGAAGCCACACCGACCGGGCGCGGACGCAUUCACGCAGGGUUCAGUUAUGUUUCAGCGCUGGUGAGAAGCGGAGGCAAUGUGCGGGCAAUUCGGUCGGGAAACAUCGCUACCCCAAUAGUUUGCCGUGGUCGAUUCACGCUGACGUUGUUUGCACGCUGCGGGCUGUUGUUUGACGUGAGCGCAUACAAACCUUGGGCGCGUGGGGGUGGUUAGGUGAGCAUAAAAAGCACACUGCACAAGCGCAAGAGGGCACGGGCAGAGCGUACUGUUUAAAUGGUCGCACAACAUUAGCGAGCUGUGUGCGACCCGACAAACGACGAAGAGCUGAUCGAUCGACAGGCGCAAGCACUUCUGCCUGUCUGGCGAGCGGCUGCGCGAGAAUACCGUUCUGAACGUCCGGACCAGAGCGACCGGAGCGAAAGCUGCGCCGAUCCGCGGCGCGGAGAGAGGUUAAUCAACUCGGCAGUGUGGUGCGCGCGGUUCGUUUGCGUGAAAGUUCAUCCACUCGGAAACUGCGCAACAACAUAACACCAUUUCUUGCUGCGUGCGUGUGCGGAGAAGCACGGACGAGCAAAGGCGCGUGAGCGAAGUGGCCGCCUCGGUGUAUGUUUGCGUGUGUGUGUGUGUGAAUGCUGUAUGUAAACGCCGGCGCUUAAAGCAAGCAAACCUCGAGCACAGGCAGCAUAAAAGUGCGAACGAUAUAGGAAAACUCGAACGAUCAAACAAGCAAACGAACGAUCUUCAUUCGGGUUACUUUCUCUUUCCCCGUGUCCCAUCUGUCGUCACACCGUGGCAGCGCGUGACUGUUGGGCUGAUGUUGUUGUGAUCGGCAACACUCGUCCUCCUGCAUACCGGUGGCCGGUUCAAGAUCAAAACGAGAUCGCGUUCCAUAGUAUGCUGAUGAUCGGAUGCUUGUGCGCCGUAAGAUAUCGUCGCGUGCUUGCUCGAACGAAAACUGUAGUGUUUGUUUGUUUGUUUGUUUGGCUGGUUCGAGUUUGACUUAAUUUUAUUUAUUAUCAAAAACAUCAUCCAAUAGUGAUUUUGUAGUGUUGUUUGUGUGUUGUGUGUGUGCGCGCUUGUUUUUCGUGACAUAUACUGCUUGGUCUGUGUGUUUUAAAAGCCGAAGUGAAGCGCAGAAAAAGGCGCAUACCGGAACGGGUGCUGAAGUAAUCGCACCGUAUACAAAUACUUUCAAGUGUCCAGCAACAACAGCACAGCGACAAGCGAAGAUGAGUGCGUUUAGUACGUUAACAUUUUCGGCGGCAGAAAUCACCAACCUGCUGCCGCUGACAGCGGUGAUCGUGUGCAUCGGUGCCACCAUCAUGUUCCUGAUCAAGGCCGCCGUGAUACUUCGAGUGCAGGCCGAUGACGUGUUAAGGCCGUCGAACGUAACGCAGCAGAACCAUAACGUGCAUGUACCGCGCCUCAAAAUGACCCGCGUCCACAUACCGUUCACUGUCCGGCUGCUCGACGCGGGAAACAAUUCGUUCGACGAGGUACGGCUAGCGGUGUCCAGUCAGGUGAAGUACUCGCUGCAAGCGUUCUGGGGCGUCUCCAUCCGCGAGCUGCAUGUGUCGCUGUGGCGCACGUGGAACGACCUGCGGGACGCAUCGAAUUCGCACAUCGUCGACUCCAGCUACUGUCAGCAACUGGCAACUAACGUAAGAUGCUGCCAACCGCACACGGAACAUGUCAUCACGCUACAGUCCCCGAAGCCACCGCUGAUCCUGGGCGCACCGCCCCGACUCGCCUACCCGCUGGUGGUGUUUAUGAUCCGUGAAACGGAACCGGAGGAGCUGCUGCAUCCGGACGAGACGGUAAUUCUGGUAAAUGUCGUCCAUUUGCGGGAUCCGGUCUGUCCACUGCCGACGUCUAUUUUGGCCCAGUACUUGAAGCAGGCGAGCGGUCAACUAUCUUGCUUAAAGCAACUCUACCUGGCCACCGGUGAUCCCAUGACGGCGGACGAAGCAGCGAGCAGCGCCGCGAAUGGCGCUGGCCAAUCGGGCAAUGGCGGUGGCGGUACGGGCAGCACCACCAGCACCACCGGAACGGGCACCACCGUCCCGACCGGUACACUGUCGCUGGCGGAACCGGUAGCCUGCGCUGGCAAUAAUGAGCCGCUGCUCUGUUCCGACUCGGCGCCGCGCGACUGCCCGGUCGGGGAGCAGCUGUGCGUCGUGUGCCAUUACUUUCCACUUUCCCGGGCGCUGCUACCGUGCCGACAUACGUGCAUCUGUGCAGUUUGCUUCUCCAAACUGGACCGGUGUCCGAUGUGUCGGGCCACGAUAUCGAGCUACUUCUGCAUACGAACCGAGGAAUAUCUGCCGGCUAAUUCGACAAACGAGCUUAAGGUCAACGGCAAACCGAAAGGAACCGUUCACUGGCUGGACGCGCUUAACGAUCGGCUAACCGAUUUUCUGGGCUUUCGGUGAAGCAGCCGCCGCCGCCGCCGCCGCCGAACGCGUCGUUGUGUGUCCGGUCGACAGGACAGCAAGGGGCAGCGGAAGGAGCGUUGAAGCUGAACAGCGGAACGAAGGGACCGAUGGCUGAGCCGGAACGAGGCCGUGUGGGUGGAUUGGACGAGAGCGAUCGCGUUCGGUUCGUUCGAUUCGCGUUGGAUUCGCCGGCAUGGCGGCUUCCAUUUCGGUUGGCUGAUUGGUCAUCGGGGUUCUGGAUUUGUCUUCCGGCAAAAGAAAUGGAAAAAAAGCAAGCACUAGAAUGUGUUUGAAGAGCUAGGAGAGGGAGAGGAGUUAAAAACACGAUUAUAAUAUGAAAAAAGCAACAAUGUUAAGUAUUAGUUUUAGGUACGUUUCAGUGGUAAGGGUUUUCGUUCCAAACACGUCCCCCCGCCCCCGCAGCCCCCUCCGAUCGGCGAGUAAAGCUCAGACUACGCGCUGAGGAAGGGAAAGUAUCGCGUGAAAGCGAAUCGUCGAUUCGCUGAUAAGGGGCGGAAGAGCAGUGCGUCCUUUGAGGAAUGGGGUGGGCAUUUACGAUAUAUGAACAUGAAUGGCUUUGCAUUCGGAUAAACAGCAGGGCAAAUGGGGCAAGCUAGUGGGGUCUAGCUAGAUCGGUGGUGUUUUGUGCACGACGAAUGCUGUGGCCGGUUCGAAUGGUUCGUUUUAUUUGAGAAUGUUUGCAAGCCAACUAUAUCAAUACGUGAACCCGUUUUCGAUAAGGUUUAUUUCUGUAGCUGUGAUUUUUUUAAAAAGACGAAAACGUAAGUGAUGCGCGUGUGUGUGUUAGCAAAGGCAAAAAAAAAUAACCGGAAAAAGAAGAAUCAAAAGUCUUUAUCUACGGAUGACUGAUUUGUGUUUUAAAUAAAGGUUUAUUAACGCUGUGAAACAAUGAG